AUGUCUGGAAGACAGCGACCUAAAGGUGAGGAUUUAUCUCAGGGACAACUGAAUUCGUCUUCUGUGCUCGAGAAGACUGGAUCUGGUCGACUGGGAAAGUUGUUAUCGCAGGAGUCUGCCGAAAGAUCUUCUCUGCCACAUACAAAUGACGAUUUUGAAGAAGAAGAUGACGGGUUUGUUUUUAAAAGAGGUUCACAACCACAAGCACCCAAGAAAGCUCCAGGUAAACGGGGCAGGCCUCCAGGCUCUAAGAACAAACCAAAAGCGUUGGUAGAGAAGCAGACCUCUAAACGACAAAAACCAAGCGUGACUGCCCCAACAACCAAACGCACAAAGACAUCCCUACUUGACGAGCUAGAAGAAGAUCCCAUUGAAGGGUCAGACGAGGAAGAUGAUAAGAUUUUUUCUCUGGAGACUAUCCCAAAGCCAAAGCCAAAACCAAAACCAAAACCUAGAGCCAAACCCAAAGCUGCACAACCCGUGGAGAAGCCCAAACGAGGGAGGAAACCUAAAGCGAAGCCAGCUGUGGAGGAAGCUCCUGUUGUGGAGCAAGAAGAGGAGAUCGUUGAGGAGACUGUUGAGCCUACAAAGUCAGUCCAGCCAAAGAAGUCCGCAUUAUCUCAAUGGCUAUCGCAAACACGAACCAAACCGGUCGAUUCCAAUACGGCAAACACAAGCAAGCGCCGGUCAUCGUUGAGCAACCGAGGAAAACGACUUUCUUCAGUCGGCAACGGAUUUGUGGCCGAGCCGCACCCCGAGAUCCCUGACGAGGAGCUUUACAAGCAUAUUUCUCAGGACCUUCCUGAUCCGCACAAGAUGAGACAGUUACUGGUUUGGUGUGCCAAGCGGGCGGCCAAAGAGACUUCGAAGAAAAAGAACAGCACUGCGAAGAACAUUGCGAACGUGAUCAAGGAUGAGAUCAUCAGGGAUCUUGCAGACGGCAAGAUUAGCACGAGCUGGUGGGUGGCAGAUAACGACGAUUCGGAAACCGACCAGCGGAGCAAUGCAGACCUGAAUAAACCAAUUAUCGUGCGACCAAACCGGGCCAACCAGGAGAACUUGCAGACACUGGAAACGUUCGAAAAGAAGUUGGAAGAGCUUAAUAAGGAGGAGGAUCAGUGGAGAGAAUUAGGUCGGCUGGCAUUGCCAGUGAAAAUCGAGUUACCCGAGAAAAAUGACUCGCAGGCGUUGGUGGACGGGAAGUUGGGCGAGAUCGCGGACCAACUACAGGUGUUGGAGACGUACCAGAAACAGCUGGAUAGAUUACGACUGGUGCGUGUUUUGGAGAACAUCAAGCUAAUGGUGCACAAGCUGAAGCAGUCAAAGAAUGCUGUGAACGAGCUGACAGAAAAGAAGAUCCGGGAGAUCUCCGCCAAGAUGACACAGCUGAUCGAGCACGACGACGAGGGCCACAAGUUCUCGUCUGUGGAUCUCUUAAAAGGGUUUUCGGAGCUGGGGUAA